GAGCCAAUUAGAGUUCUGGUGACCGGCGCUGCAGGGCAGAUUGCCUACUCACUCUUGUUCAGCGUCGCAAAAGGAGAUGUCUUUGGCAAAGAUCAGCCAAUCACACUGCUCCUCCUCGACAUUCCACCCAUGAUGCCCGUCCUGGAAGGAGUGGUAAUGGAGUUGCAAGACUGUGCCCUUCCUCUUCUGAGAGAAAUUGUGGCCACUGACAAUGUGGAAGUGGCCUUCAAGGACCUAGACGCCGCCAUGUUGGUGGGCUCAAUGCCCAGGAGGGAGGGUAUGGAAAGGAAAGACCUGCUCAAAGCCAAUGUGGCUAUCUUUGAAACUCAGGGAAAGGCCUUGGAUAAGCAUGCCAAGAAGACAGUCAAGGUUCUGGUGGUAGGAAACCCAGCCAACACCAACUGUCUGAUUGCAAUGAAGUCUGCUCCCUCCAUCCCCAAAGAGAACUUCUCGUGCCUCACCCGCCUCGACCACAAUAGGGCUCGCUCUCAGGUUGCGAUGCGCUGCGGUGUCCCUGCUACUAAUGUGAAGAAUGUGAUCAUCUGGGGCAACCACUCAUCAACGCAGUACCCGGAUGUGCACCACUGCAAGGUCAACGUGACCGGCAGCGAAGUGGCUUGUUAUGAUGCAGUCAAGGAUGAGGCUUGGCUUAAAGGGGACUUCAUCGCUACUGUGCAGCAGAGAGGCGCGGCUGUCAUCAAGGCCAGGAAGCUGUCCAGCGCAAUGUCUGCAGCCAAGGCCAUCUGCGACCACAUGAGGGACAUCUGGUUUGGUACCCCGGAGGGUGAGUUCAUUUCCAUGGGUGUGUACUCCUCAGGCAACACGUACAAAGUACCAAGUGAUCUCAUCUACUCUUUCCCUGUCCAAAUCAAGAACAAAUCCUGGAAAAUAGUGGAGGGCCUGGCCAUCAAUGACUUCUCCAAGGCAAAGAUGGAGGCCACAGCCACAGAGCUGAUAGAGGAGAGGGAUACUGCAAUGGAGUUCCUGGCCAAGUGA